AUGGCCACCCUCAUCGCCCAACCCCCAGCCCCAGCACCCCCCGUCACCGGCCUAGACGUCCGCCUCCUAGCCCGCACCAACGCCCUCACCAACACAACCUCCGGCCUCGCGCCCAGCCACCUACAAGCCAACCUGCUCAUCCUCCCCGCGCCCCACGCCUCCGAUUUCCGGCUCCUCUGCGCGCGCAACCCCGUCCCGUGCCCCCUGAUCGGCGAGUCCGCCGUCCCAGGCGCCUACUCAGCCCUGACCUCCCACCUCCCAAACAACUAUACCGCCAUCGCGUCCGACGUCGACAUCCGCCGCGACGCGCCACGAUACAACGUCUACGUCGACGGCCGCCUGACCAAGGAAGGCUGUCUAGACAUCACAGCCGAAUGGCAGCACGACCACGUCGCCUUCCUAAUCGGGUGCUCAUUCAGCUUCGAAGGCGCGCUCAGCGCCGCGGGGCUCCCGCCGCGACAUACCCUCCAGAACCGCAUCGUGCCUAUGUACCGCACGCAACUGCCCCUAUGUCCGGCAGGCGUGUUCACGGGCUCCACAUACGUGGUUUCGAUGCGCGUGUACCGGGGGAAAGAGGAGGUGCAGAGGGUAAGGGACAUCACGCGUGCGUACCAUGCCACGCACGGCGAGCCCGUCGACUGGGGCUGGGACGCGCUGGCGCGGCUGGGUAUUGUGGAUGUGGACGUGCCCCAGUGGGGGGACGCGCCGCUGACGGCGGACGGGCGGCGGCCGUUGAGCGAGGCGUGGGCCAGGGAGGACGAGAUCCCGGUUUUCUGGGGGUGUGGUGUCACGCCGCAGGAGGCGGUUGUGAGGGCGGGGAUCGAGGGCGUGGUUAUGGCGCAUGCGCCGGGCCAUAUGGUGUUGUUGGAUUGUACGGAUGCGGAUGUUGUUUCGGGCGGGUGUUGA